UCAAACCUCAAACGUCAAGUGUGAAUUUUGAAAUGAAAACAUGUCUUGCACGUGCAAUUUAAUUAUUUGAUUUGCUUUUAUUCUUAUUUAUACAAGGGAUUAUGUAUAUUUUAUAAUUACAAAAUGUUAAAACCAAAAGAUUUAGAUGACAAUCUCCCGGGUUUUGAAGCCGUUGAGAAAAAUGAAACAAGUGAGAAAGAAACGCACGAAAAUAAAAAGAAAAAGAAGGGAUCUGGUGGUUUUCAGUCGAUGGGAUUAAGUUUCCCAAUUAUCAAAGGAAUAACCAAAAGAGGAUACAAGCAACCGACGCCUAUACAACGAAAGACCAUACCCAUUGCCUUAGAAGGUAAAGAUGUUGUUGCCAUGGCCCGGACAGGUUCUGGAAAAACUGCCUGCUUUGUUCUACCUAUUUUGGAGAAGCUGUUAUCACCUACUCACAAAGCUCAGCCGGGAAAGAAUCUUCGUGCCUUAAUUUUAUCACCAACAAGAGAAUUGGCUUUACAGACAUUAAGGUUUGUGCGAGAACUGGGUAAGUUCACUGGACUGACAUCUGCAGCCAUUCUUGGUGGGGAAUCAAUAGAGCAACAAUUCAGUGUGAUGUCAGGCAAAGCUCCGGACAUUGUAGUGGCUACCCCGGGACGUUUCCUACAUAUCUGUAUUGAAAUGAGCCUCAAAUUGGAUAAUAUUAAGGUAAUGGUAUUUGACGAAGCAGACAGACUAUUUGAACUCGGUUUUGGUGAACAACUCAGAGAGAUAGUAGCAAGACUGCCUUCAAGUCGACAAACUCUAUUAUUCUCUGCAACAAUGCCUAAAAUGCUUGUUGAGUUUGCAAGAGCGGGACUAACAGAUCCAGUGUUGAUUCGUUUGGAUGUGGAUUGGAAGUUACCAUCAACAUUGUGGCUGGCUUGGAUAUCUGUGAGAGCGGAGUUAAAGACAGCUGCUUUGUUGAUGUUAUUGGAUCGUGUUCUUACAUCAACGUCACCACAAGCGGUUGUUUUUGCCGCUACGAAACAUCAUGUGGAGUAUCUACAUUUGAUUCUACAACAAGCUGGUAUUACGUCAACGUUUGCCUACUCAGGUCUGGAUCCCUCCGCACGUAAGAUUGCCUUAGGCAAGUUUAUAAACAAGAAGUGCUCCGUGCUUUUGGUGACUGAUGUAGCAGCGAGAGGGUUGGAUUUACCUGCGUUGGAUACUGUGAUAAACUAUAACUUUCCUGCUAAACCUAAGUUAUUUGUACAUAGAGUUGGUAGGAGUGCCCGAGCUGGUAGAGCUGGACGUGCGUUCUCGCUGAUAGCGGCCGAGGACAUCGCACAUCUGUUAGACCUGCAACUGUUCCUGGGUGCGGAACUCCUGCCACCAGGACAAGAGUACGGGAACAACUGUCCCAGCGGAGUGUGGGGUGCCAUGCCUACCACACAGCUGGAGCUGCGCCAGCAAGAUGUAUUGGCUUGGGAGAAGAAUUACUCAGAGAUUGAGGAAGCAGUACGAGUAUGCGAGCGUGGUUGGCAGCAGUACGUGCGGUGGCGUGAGUCCGCCUCAGCGGAGGCCAACCGACGUGCUAAGUCCACGCCCGCGCCCGUCGCACCACACCCAUACCUCGUUGAAUGCGCAUCUGGUGAUGAGGCUGUCGAUAUGGUGGCAAAAAUCAAGAAUUACAUGCCUAAAGGGACGAUAUUAGAACUAGGUGGUAAGAACGACUCACCGAUGUUCCUAGCGAUGAAGGCAAAGCGACGGGUACACGGCAAAAAAGUACAAAAAGCACGCGAAAACAAAAACAAUCAGGUUGAUAAUAUAUUAGAAGACACAACCAAUGUGAAAUCUGCUAAGAUCUCUCAGAAUCAGCCGAAGAAAAAACGAAAAGAAGUUGUUCGGGAUGAAAAUUACAUACCGCACUUUGCUAGCGACCAACACACUGAGUCUGGUAUGGCGGUGAACUUUGCGGCGGGCGCGGACGGGGCGGAGCUGGAGCUGGGCGCGGACAGCGGCGAGGCGGUGCGCAGGCAACGUAGUCAGCUGCGCUGGGACCGCAAGCGCAAGAAGAUGGUGCACGUCGACCCUGAUGGUGGUCGUAAGAUGAUCCGUACGGAGAGCGGUGGGCGCGUGCCGGCCUCCUUCCGCAGCGGCCGCUACGACGACUGGAAGAAGAGGAACGCGCAGCACGAUGAUGAUGAUGAUGACAAUAGUCCGCAACAGAACAGGAUGAGACCAGCAUCUGAGUUCCGUCCUCACUGGGUGAAGCACAACGAGCGCGUGGCCAAGAAGAAGUCUGAGGCGUCUUCUAAGGAGUUCCGCGACAAGCAGCAGAUCGUCAAGGAGCGCAUGCGCAAGGAGAAGAUAAAACAAAAACUUAAACACAAAAUGAAGAAUAAAAAGAAGAAAAGGAAAUGAUAUA